UUAAAUCUCAACUCCCUUCAGCCCUCACAUUUUCUCCCUCUCUUACAUCAUCUCCUCUUCACAGAACAAACAGAGGGUCCAGAGGUUUCCAAAACCUUACGAACCCUACCCCGACGAAUUCGAUACCGUAGAUGAUAAACCUGAAACCACCGGAGGCCCGCGCGUCCACCUCGGCGCCGGUGACGGCGGAGAAGGCGCUGUCGUCGAUCAUCUCGCGAGGAUGGAAGGAGGUGAGGGACUCGGCAGACGCCGAUCUCCGGUUGAUGAAGAACCGGGCCAACUCGUUCAAGGACCUGGCCUCAUCGUUCGACCGGGAGCUCGAGAACUUCCUCCACUCCGCCUCCAAAUCCACGUUCGCCGUCCCGGCCAUCGGGUCGUCCCCGUCCGAGAGCGAUUUCGUCAAGCGGUUGAAGCCGAAAUUGUCCGAGUUUCGACGGACCUACUCGUCGCCCGACUUUAGCCGCAAGGUACUGGAGAAAUUGAGCCCUAGGGCAAGUAUUCGCAUCGACUUGUCGGCGAUUAGGAAUGCGAUUGUGUCAGAGGUGGAGGACAGUGAGGGUGCUGUUGAUUUUGAUGAGAAGGGGAGGUUACGGAGGGGAAGGAGGGUGGGGUUUACAGACUUCAGGUGGGAGGAAAGUCGUUUAAAGGAUUGGGAGCCUGUUCGGGCGCUGAAGACACGAUUGCAGGAGUUGGAACGGAAGAGUUCAUCUUCUGAGAUUCUCGAGAGUCUCAAAAACAGUGAGUUUGUGGAGAAAGUCAAGUCAAGCUUGAAAGCAAUCCGCAAGGAGCCUACGGAGUCAAAGGAAGUCCCACCACUAGAUGUACCAGAACUUUUUGCAUAUUUAGUCAGGCAAUCUCGGCCAUUCUUGGAUCAACUUGGCAUUAGAAGAGAUAUAUCGGACAAGAUCGUGGAAAGCUUAUGCAGCAAACGCAAGAAUCAACUUCUAUUGCGUUCCACAUCUGCAGGAGAAUCCUCCAUUCUUGAAAGUGAUAACAUUGGUGAUGAACUGGAUGUAAGAAUUGCCAGUGUCCUCCAAAGUACGGGGCAUUGUUAUGAGGGGGGCUUUUGGACUGACUCCUCAAAGCAUGACACGACAAAUGGGAAAAGGCAUGUUGCUAUUGUCACAACUGCUAGUCUUCCAUGGAUGACAGGAACAGCUGUAAAUCCACUAUUUCGAGCUGCUUAUUUGUCUGAGUCUGCAAAACAAGAUGUCACACUUCUGGUUCCAUGGCUUUGCCGAUCAGACCAAGAACUAGUUUAUCCGAACAAUCUCACUUUCAGUUCACCAGAAGAACAGGAGGCUUAUAUACGUAACUGGCUUGAGGAAAGGGUGGGUUUCAAGACUGAUUUCAAAAUCUCAUUCUAUCCAGGAAAGUUUCAAAAAGAAAGGCGGAGUAUAAUGCCUGCCGGAGAUACUUCUCAGUUCAUUCCUUCGAAGGAUGCUGACAUUGCUAUCCUGGAAGAACCAGAACACCUGAAUUGGUACCAUCAUGGUAAACGUUGGACUGAUAAGUUUAACCAUGUUGUGGGUAUUGUUCAUACAAAUUACUUAGAAUACAUCAAGAGGGAGAAGAAUGGCGCUAUUCAAGCUUUCUUUGUGAAGCACAUUAACAAUUUGGUCAUGAGAGCAUACUGCCACAAGGUUCUUCGCCUUUCCGCUGCCACCCAGGAUUUACCCAAGUCUGUAGUAUGCAAUGUUCAUGGUGUGAACCCCAAGUUUCUGAAAAUUGGCGAAAAAGUUGAUGCAGAAAGGGAGCGUGGAGAGCAAGCCUUUACAAAAGGAGCAUAUUUCUUGGGGAAGAUGGUUUGGGCGAAAGGAUAUCGGGAGCUGAUUGAUUUGUUAGCAAAGCACAAAAAAGACCUCGAUGGCUUCGAUUUGGAUGUGUUUGGAAAUGGAGAGGAUGCUCAUGAAGUUCAGAGCACGGCUAGAAAGUUAGAUCUGAAUCUCAACUUCAUGAAAGGCAGAGACCACGCUGAUGAUUCUCUUCAUGGAUACAAGGUCUUCAUAAAUCCAAGUGUUAGUGAUGUGCUAUGCACUGCCACCGCCGAGGCCCUUGCAAUGGGAAAAUUUGUUGUUUGUGCAGAUCACCCGUCAAACGAGUUCUUCAGGUCUUUCCCCAACUGUAUGACUUACAGUACUCCUGAAGAUUUUGUUGCGAAGGUGAGAGAAGCAAUGGCUAAUGAGCCUCAGCCGCUCACUUCCGAACAACGAUACAACCUAUCUUGGGAAGCCGCCACCCAGAGAUUCAUGCAGUAUUCCGAGCUUGACAGGGUCUUGAAUAUUAAUGAUAAAGAAGUCGAUUCACAGUCAAGUCAAAAUAACCACCAAAUCAUGAAAAAAUCGGUGUCGAUGCCUAACUUGACGGGAGUGGUUGACGGAGGGUUGGCAUUUGCCCACUACUGUUUCACAGGGAACGAGUUCCUUAGGAGGUGUACAGGGGCGAUGCCAGGGACACGGGAAUACGACAUGAAGCAUAGUGAAGACUUGCAUCUCUUGCCUCCGCAGGUAGAAAAUCCUAUAUAUGGCUGGUAGAUAGGCUUCUUGUUUAGGGGUAUAUGCGUGAAUCCUUUGACUGUAUAACCACAGUUAGAUCCUCUACAUAGGAGCAUGUGGGUGUUUGUAAAAAAAAGAAUUAUGGAAGAGGCAGAUUCUGUAUAGCGGAUUUAAAAGCAUCAAAAUGGUCUGUUCUCAAAACUAUUUCCUAAGCAGUUCUGUUAGUUGUUUUUGGUCCAAAAGCAUAAGCAGGAGUUGUGUCAAACAAGUUGGGAAGGAACAAGUGGGUGCAGUUUCUGAGGCUCCAGAAUUCAAAAGCACUUGUGACAUGGAAGCCGGCAGCCAACAAGCUCAAGUAAUGCUUGACUGUAUAUAGUUUUUUUUGACUGAGGUGUGCUUUUCUAUUUCUAGCAAACUUGUAUCUCAACGUCUAGCUGGUAUCAGACUAUGCUUUUCUUUAGGUAUAUACAUGCAGAAUCUCGGAUGUCAA